AUGUCAUCCACAGACUUGCCGCCUCCUUAUUCAGUCACCGCAUCAACUAGAUGGCUAAAUGCCAGCUCGGCUGCAACAGACCUAGUAAAAUGCGAUUUACUGCACCAGUUCCGCCGCUUCGUCAUUGAGAUCUUAGCUUUCACAUUCGACGCCAACUUUUCGUUAGUGAACCAGGCACUUGGGCAGUCUUCUUCGACCACCAUUCAGACUACUACCACCAUACUAUCUGAGAGCGAGCACGCCGAGCUUCUCCGUCUCUCCAAUCUCGCGAAAUCCGUUCGUAAAGAGAUGAGGAGAACAUGGGGCACCUUAGACUUCGACCGCCGACGUCCCAAUGAGGACCACGAAACCCUCGCAUCGAUGGUUGUGAGGCCCGCCAUAUACUACGAAGUUGACGCACCCUACAUGCUCGAGUUGAUCAGCACAUAUGCUGCGCACCGUUGCGAGCCCAAUAACCGCUCCAAAUUCAGCCUCGUCUCACAGGACAAACCCUACUGCUAUGGCUUCUUUCGCCGUCUAGGUUUUCUCGGACCUUUCAACCUGGUCAUGACUAUCUUCGGACAGACCCUGUGGCUUCAUGCUAUCGCAAUCAAGACUUUGGCACCGAACGAAGAGGUGCGAGCGGUGCUGAACGAUGCAAUGAAGGAAUAUGAAGUCGUGGAGCUGGGGCUUAGCAAAGUGUAUCACUAUAGUGAGGACAACUGGAAUCAUAUUGACUGGCAUCAUAUGGCAGAUACUAUAGUGACGGAAGAAGAGGAGAAGCGCAUCAGGAGGGAGAAAUGGGCUCAGGAGCGGCGCGAGCGGGAAAUACUGAGAAGCGAAGAGACUCGAGCCUCGCUGCAGCCUAUUAUGGAUAUGGUAGACGAGAUUGUGCGUGCUGUGCACUAA